AUGGAUGACCAUUUCGAUCAGUAUUUUAUUUACGAGAACCGCCUGGCCUCGUUCCAGAUUGCGCAUCACUUCCCCAGCGCCAAUUCGCGCGUGACGAAGCCUUUGCAAUGGCCGCAUAAGAAGCUGUCACCAGUCGCGCUCGCGAAAGCCGGCUUUUUUUAUGAUCCGUAUCCCGAUCAUCCAGAUAAUGUUGUUUGUUUUCUGUGCGAAAAGCCUCUUGAUGGAUGGCAGGAGGGGGACAACCCGUUAGAAGAACAUCUGAAGCACUCGCCUACUUGCGGUUGGGCGAUUAUGGCGGCAAUUGAGGCCGGCUAUGGAAACUAUGGAAAGGUCCAUCCUCUCGACCCAUUUAUGAUCGAAGCGCGGAAGGCGACCUUUGCGGGGCGAUGGCCGUAUGAGUCCAAGAAGGGCUUCAAGUGCAAGACAAAGAAGCUUGUUGAGGCGGGAUGGAAGUAUACCCCGUCACUCGAGGCAGAUGACAUGACAACCUGCGCCUACUGCGAUCUUGCGCUUGAGCGGUGGGCAUCUGAGGACGAUCCAUAUGCUGAGCACUACAAACGCGAACCCAACUGCCCCUUUUUUACUCUCCUCAACCAGUAUCCCCCUCCUAAGAAGGGACGCGCCAAAGGAGCUAGGGUCUCCAGAGCAUCUAGACUUUCAGUGCAGUCUGUCGCGACCGUCGCCACGCACGCUUCUGAUUUCCCCUCCACUGCCGAUCUCACUAUCGACCAAGACGACAGUGUUAUGACUACAGCAUCCACCAUGACCCAAGGCGGGAAGAAGACGGCCAGAGGUCGCAAAACUACCGCCACAACCGCCAGAGCGCGCAAGACGAAAGCCAAGAAGGAGGAGCCAGUCGAGAUUUACGAGGAUUCAGAACAAGUUGUCGAGACAACGGCCAAGGGUCGCAAGCGGCCAAGCGACUCUAUGGAGGACUCAGCCCUCACCAACGCCGAGGCACCAGCCCAGAAGAAGAGAGUGACUCGUGGUAGGACGAGCGUUGCGGUAGAUGUGUCCAGAAUGAGUCUCGCUGCCCCUGAUUCCGAAAUGUCCGACAUUCUCCCAGUGAGACAGCCAGCGGGUCGGAAGAAACGUUCCUCGACAGCAGCCAAGGGAGCACGGAAGGUGUCGCAACAAUCGGACAAAUCUCAGCUAACAACCGAGCUUUCCGACGACGAACUCGAGCGUCAAUUGGAAGCCGACCUAGAUCGAUAUCGCAGCGAUGUCGAGGAAGAAGUUCCUGUGGAGAAGGCACCCGCUUCGACACGAGGGCGGCCCAAGAAAGCUGCAACAUCCCGGAAGACUAGUCAAAAAACCAAGGUGCAAGCUGAUGCAUCCAAUCUGCCGGAACACGGUGCUGUGGUCCCAGCAGUCGAGAUGGGGAGCGCAGUUCAGAGCCAGCAUGCGGAAAUCGAGCCCGAGCAAUCUGCCGCAGAUGGUUUAGCGGUACCAAAGAAGGGCCGCAAGGCUGGAACACGCAAAGUAUCCAAAGCGACGAAGAAGGCGAAGGAAGCAGCACCUCCACCGCCAGAGCCCGCAUAUCAGCAUGCUGAUCCCACUCCUGAACUGGCUCCAGAGGCCUUACCUGAUGAUCUUGAGCAGCUGUCAGUCGGAGGGGAUCUUGCCGAUGCCGAUGUUAGCACCGGCACGGUCAUCACAAAAGCGGCUCCUCCUCCUCCACUUCCUCCCAAGCGGGGCCGCGGUCGACCAUCCAAGAGAUCCACAUCCUCCCAGCCUGCCGUCGAACUUCCCUCAGCGCCUCAGUCGGCCCACGUCUCGCCGCAGCCCGAGCCCGAGCCUGUUAUCGCUCGUUCCGUGCAAAAGCGCACAUCCGCCAGGUUAUCCAGCAAGCGAUCGUCAGCUACAGCCGCCGCCCCCAUCGGCUCCAACGUCCUCGCAACAGUCGCUCCGGCGGCGCCAACGCCAAGAAGAUCGUCACGGACAGUAUCAGCACGAGCCUCAGCUGCUGCCAUUCCCUCAGCCGCGCCCAGUCAUCACCGUCUAUCCAUCCCUGCCCCGGCAACGCCCGACUCACAAUCGACCCCGUCCCGGCGCGGUGCCAACCACACCGAAGCGGUGGCUCCCGUCUCUCACCCCCCAUCAGCUCACUCCUCCCCGCAGGCCUCAGACGCAGAAAACUACCCUCCAGAACCCCAUUCGGCCGUCUCUGUUCGUACAAUAGCAAGUAAUAACCAUAACCAUACCGAAAACGCCAACGCCUCUACCAUCGCCGGUAAACGCUCCAUCCUCGCCCCCGUCACAACCUCUGCUGUCGGAACACCCCAGUCCCAACGUAGCUCCCCCGUCUCCUCCUCCAAGCGCAGCCUCGUUGCGAGCGGUGGUCUGCGUAGCACAAUCCCCUGGAAGGGGAUCGACGUCGAGGCGGUUCUCUUUCCAUCACCACAGCGUCAUGCUUAUGAUGGAGAGGAAGGCCAAGGGUAUGAGGACAAGGAGAACUUUGAUGGCGAGGGUAUCGCGUCACGGCUGCCUGCCAUGUUGCUCAGCAAGGGCGCUGAGCUGACCAGCCCGGAGAAGAGGAUGACUGUGGAGGAAUGGAUUUAUCACAAUGCUAGCCUGGCUGAGCAAAAGCUCAAGCAGGAAUGUGAGGCUAUGGUGUCAGUCUUUGAAAAGGAGGGAAGCCGCGCUAUGCGCGUGUUAGAGAGUAUUGUUGUUACUGAGUAG